CGCCGUACGUGAGUAACAGUGCUCAAACAUUCGUUGAAACGAUCAGUCGUAUGUUCCGUCCCGUGACACGGAUUGCAUAUUUCAUAAAUUCUGCUACAAAGUAAUUUCGUCGAGUCUUAUUUUCAAUUGAAUACAUCCUUAUUCUUUGUCGGGUAAUACCUCUCUCGUGUAACGACUUCACGUAUUUACGUUCUCUUUGUCAAUCACGACUGUGUAUCUCCUGAAUUACUACCGUACCACCUGUCACUUUGUUUCCAAUUGCAAAAGAGAAAGAAGUAUUUAGCAGAAAAAUGUCGAGCGUGAAAAUUUUUACGAUAUUAUGUGCUGUUAUUUGUUUCACGAAUCAAUUAGCCUUUAGCCAUGUUAUACCCGAUUAUUGUUACUCCGAUGACAAUUAUCCGUAUCGGUUUGCUGGCACGAAAACAGCUUAUGAGAUCGAGCAUGAUUUGAUUAAGGAUACCGCUAUACCGGACUGCAAACCGAUACAAAUUUGGAUGCUAAUUAGACAUGGCACUCGUUACCCUGGGAAACAUGAGAUUCGGGACAUGAAACACAAAUUGCCAAAGCUUCAACGAAAGAUCAUCGAGAACCAUGAAAACGGAAACGGUAGCCUGUGCCAGAAAGACUUGGAGAAGCUGAAAUCGUGGAAAUUGAAUCCAGAUCUUUCAGUGGAGAAGUGGAAGUACUUAACGAAGCAAGGCGAAGAAGAUUUAUCAUCGCUUGGUGAACGGUUCAAAAAUUAUUUCCCAGAAAUUUUCCAAUCUUCUUCGGCUGACGUUUCGAAGACGAAAUACAAGUUUAGAUCAACAGACCUUCAACGAACAAUAGCUAGCAUGGAAAAUUUCAUUACCGGUCUCUUUGGCCGUGACUAUGUGUCUAUCGAUACCGAAAUAGUACCAGCCGCUGAAGACACUUUAUUGAAGCUGUAUAAAAUAUGUAAGCGAUGGACGGAACAAAUGGGCAAUUCAUCGACCAAUGCUGAAGUUAAAGAGUUAAUAAAUGGCCCGCUAUUCAGGCAAAUAAUCGACGACAUUAGUCAGCGACUCGGCUUUCCAAAUAGCCUUUCAUUAGACGAUGCUGUAAUUAUGUACACUUCGUGCGUCUUCGAGAAUGCCUGGUACAUAAACGAAAAGUCUCCCUGGUGUGCAGCUUUCACCAAAGAUGAACUUCAAUUGUUCGAGUACGAGGAAGAUCUGUAUUACUACUAUCACUCUAGUUACGGUCAAGAAAUGAGCAGUGCUGUCGGAUGUCCACCCUUGAAGGACAUGUUUACUCGUUUCGCAAAAUUGGAGAACGGGACGUCGAGCGACGAGCCGCAGGGUGUUUUCUAUUUUACCCAUAGUUCAGCGCUGCAAUUGUUCCUCACAUCGAUGGGAAUCGCGAAGGACGCGGUACCUUUGACAGCUUCGAAUUUUGACAGCAUGGGGAACAGGAAAUGGAGCACCUCUCAUCUGGCACCCUUCGCUGCCAAUCUCGCGGCCAUUUUCUACGAGUGUAAUUCUUCGUACAAAGUGAGGUUUUAUUUAAACGAGAGACCUCUGGAAUACGAAGGCUGUCAAAUGGGCGUGUGCGAUUGGGACUAUCUGAAGGAACAGAUCGGACCCAAUGCUUUCAAUUGCAACGCUGAUUUUUGUUCGAAAUGACAGGAAUGAGGUAGAAUAGUUGUUUCGAGCAAUCGCGUUAAUGGCUGAACGUUACGUAAACGAAAACAAUGAAAUAAGGUUAUGGCAAGAGCGAUUCUGUUGAAGUGAUUACGAACCAUAUCGGAUGUGCUUUUGUCAGGGAUCGUGUGGAAGAAGUUACAGUCUGACAACUUGUACGGUGAUGUUCGAAGCAACGAAGCUAGACGACCUUAUAUUACUGUCACAUAAGCUGGCGCGAUGAGCGAUACGUUCAUACGUUACGACGCCUUCGAAUUUCAGCGUUCACGUUUCCUCGGUUAUCGUCGUUCAAACUUUCGCGUAAUAUUUCUCCACUUCGAAUUAACCGUGUUUAUUACCAUUCAAUCGUAUUUUAUUAUUUUAUCAUUUUAUUCCGUUUUAACUCGCGAUUGAAAAUUCAUUAACGCAAUCAUCGGAAGAUACAAAUGUGAUUUAUGUACCGUAUAAAAUCGGAAUAUUAAGAUUAACGUAUCCGUAUUUCAAUAUGCAUUUUACACAUAUUGCUCAAGUUUAAUAAAUUACGAGCUACUCGUUCCCACGCUGUUUUAUAAUUCACCGUGGGUGUUUUAACGAAGUUUCGAUCGUUAAUAUUAUCCUGUACAAUGCGAUUAUCUUUUCAGUUCCACAGUCUAUUAUACGGUUUUAACAGAGUGCAAAAUGUAUAGACUGUACAGAUACGAAGCAACGAAGCUUGACGACCUUAUGUCAGUGGCACCUGAACUACCGUGACCGAUGCUGGUCGCUGUAGGGGUGUGUGCUGAAACGAAUAUUGUUGUACGUUAAUCCACAACUUCAAAUCCUCCCUUAAAAAUACACAAAUAUUUCCAGAAAAUUGAUCUAAAUUUCCCAAAUAUUCCUCUAUUUCUCAGAGCCCUAAAUGGAUCCUGAGAAAAUAAA